AAAAGCCCAAUGUUUACAUGUUCCUCGUAACGGCUCAGUUGUGUAUUCACGUUCUGCACGAAGGAAAAACCCUAGCUAGUCCACUCCCCCUUCCUCCGUUCGAUCAACAAUGACAGGAGAAGCAGUGAACCCCAAAGCUUACCCUUUGGCGGAUGCCCAACUCUCAAUAACCAUACUAGACCUUGUUCAACAAGCUGCCAACUACAAGCAGCUCAAAAAAGGUGCUAAUGAAGCCACUAAAACCCUGAACAGGGGUAUCUCUGAAUUUGUUGUGAUGGCUGCUGAUACUGAGCCCCUUGAGAUUCUUCUACAUCUUCCUCUACUUGCUGAGGAUAAGAAUGUGCCCUACGUGUUUGUCCCUUCAAAACAAGCACUUGGACGUGCAUGUGGGGUCACCAGGCCAGUGAUUGCUUGUUCUGUGACAACUAAUGAAGGGAGUCAAUUGAAAUCUCAAAUUCAGCAACUAAAGGAUGCUAUUGAGAAGCUUUUAAUCUGAAAAAUUCAUAAUCGGUAUGAUAAAUUCAUAAUCGAUAUGAUGGGCUUCUUGAGUCGUGGCAAUUGCUCCUUCUGAGGCUUUGACUGGACGAGCUGCUAUGUUUACCCAAUAGGCUUUAUGUGUUAACCUAGAUGAUUUUCUUUAUACCAUGAAAGGUUAUUUGCGAGUGGUAUUUUUGUGAUAGUUAGUAUGAGUGAUGUUUUUAAUUGAAACAGUGUAAUGUUCAAUGCAAUUUUAUGUUAGUUGUUAUCUGAGAAUUUUAAAAGCA